AUGGUCAGAAGGAAGCGCAACGUCUCUCAAAGGGGCGGCCGGCAACAGGCGAAUUCCGCUGGCGGAGAUGAGCCGGAUAUAUAUCAAGAGAUGUUGGCUGAAGCUGGCGUUGCUGCGCCGGCCGCAAGCUCACCAGAAAGGCCACUGAAAAGAAGACGUGAAGAUGUUCCGUCGCAUAGUAAGCCAUCAAAACCGGCAGAGCCGACUCCAGCGCCAAUAGCCAUAGCUUCGACUUCAAACCCUAUUCAGGGAAAGAGCCUCGACGAAGAGGAUGAAGAGGAUGACGAUGAUGCGGAAUUUGAAGAUGUUGCUAUUCCCGAGCCUACUAUCCAAACGGUCGAGCUUGGGUCAGAUGAGGAUGAAGAUGACGAAGAUGAAGAUUUGCGCUUUGAAGCUGUCGACUUGAUGAUGCCCCUACCAGACGGAGAUUCUGAAUCGCAAGAACCAAAGGAAUUGGAGCUCAAUCUCUCGGCACAAAAGUCUGCAAUGACGUCGAAGCAAGCUGCAGAUAGACGAAGACCCAUCACCAAAGAAGAACGAGAGCGCCGCCUUGAUAUUCACAAGGCUCACUUGAUAUGUUUAUUAUCUCAUGUGGCGAGGCGAAAUCACUGGUGCAAUGAUCCUCAAGUUCAAAGUCAACUUCGGUCCCACCUGACAGACAAGAUGAUUCAGUAUCUGACUCCAGGGACGAAUCUAUCGCAAUUUGGGAGGACUGAAAGCCUUAAAAAUGGACUGAAGCUAGUUGCUGAGAUGUGGACGACAAAAUAUGAGAUUACAGAGCGUGGCAUGAGAAGGUCACUGUGGGCGGAGGAGGUAGAGCAUCUUAAUAGCUAUGAGCCUCCCAGUGAUUUGGAAUCAUGUCUGGAUAAAUCUGAUUUUAGAGAAGCAGCCAAGACAUUCCAAGGCUCGCGGGAUGUUGGAGCUCAGUUGUAUUGUGCCCUCCUGAGAAGUAUUGGUGUUCGUGCGCGGCUUGUAUGUUCGCUACAACCUCUAUCAUUUGGCUCCACAGGACCUACACUACCAAAACCUAAAGAGAAUCUCAAGCCGAAAGCGGCUCCCAACAAAACCGAACAGAUGCUAUCACAGGUAGCAAAGUACAGAGAAAUGGCGAACGCUGUCUCUUCAGCCGCUUCUCCUGCUGGCCCCUCUACUGCUAGGCGCAGAUUAGGACACCCAAACGCAUCAGAUUACAACUUCGAGCCCAAAGCAGCUCCUUAUCGGGCUCGCCAAUCAUUCGAGGCGCCUAAACGAAUACGCGAGUCCCCUUAUCCGGUAUACUGGGUGGAAAUUCUAGAUGUUGGGCACCAGAAAUGGCAGCCCACGGAUCCGGUUGUGAUGAAUUCUUUCUGGAAGCCAAAGAUCUUUGAGCCUCCCAUUACGGAUAAGGAGAAUUCGUUGAGCUACGUUAUUGCGUUCAACGCAGAUGGCACUGCAAAGGACGUUACCCGACGAUAUGCGAAGGCAUAUACAGCGAAGACUCGAAAAUUGCGCAUAGAAACUGCGCUAGACGAUGGUAGACAGUGGUGGAAUAAGGUUAUAAAGAUGUUUCGGCCCAAGACUCCCAGCGAUCUGGACCAGAUCGAAGACAAUGAGCUAGCUGGAGUCGAGGCGAGAGAGCCAAUGCCAAGAAACGUGCAGGACUUUAAAGACCAUCCCGUAUAUGCUUUAGAGCGCCACCUUCGCCGACAUGAAGUGCUCAUUCCGGGAGCUACACCGUCUGGAACGGUCGCAGCCGGAGCUAGAGCUCCGCUGGAAAAGGUCUUCCGUCGAAAGGAUGUACGGGUCGCAAGGAGUGCCGAAAAGUGGUUUCGACUUGGCCGUGAGGUAAAGCCCAUGGAGAUUCCCGCCAAGUGGCUACCCAAACGAGUGAUAAGCAAGAGGUCUAGAUUUGGCGAACACGAGCAAAGAGAAGACGACGACGGUGAUGCUGGAACUCCAAUUUAUACUAUAGACCAAACCGAACUAUAUGAGCCAGCCCCGGUACGAAAUGGACGGGUUCCGAAAAACAAGUUUGGAAACAUCGAGGUAUAUGUACCUAGCAUGGUCCCCAAAGGUGGUGUUCACAUCGUAGACGAACACGCUAGACGUGCGGCGUACGUUUUAGGGAUUGACUGUGCACCGGCACUUACAGGGUUUCAGUUCAAGGGGCGAACAGGAACGGCUGUGCUGAGCGGCGUUGUCAUUGCAAAAGAGUUUGAAGAGGCUGUUCGGGCAGGCAUCCAGGGCAUACUCGAUAUCGAACAAGAGGUGGAAGAUGAGAAGAAGCGAUACGUGGCGCUGAAGCUCUGGAGGCGGUUUCUCAUGGGUCUGAGGAUUCGGGAGAGAGUAUGGAGCGGGGUGGGAGAGGAGGAGAGACGGCAGGCGGAUAGAGACGCAGAAUUUGAAGCAUGGGCAAAGGGUGCGGAAAGUGAUGAGACUGAAGAAUUUGACAUGGUGGUUGAUGAGGAGGAUGAAGACGGCGGAGGAGGUGGAUUUUUGGUUGGCGAUGAUGAUGCUGAUGAAGGGGGUGGUGGAUUUCUGGUUGAGUGA